AUGGCCGAGAAGAAAUUUCUGUCAUUCUUUCUGGCCAUCAUUGGCGUUGCAGGCAAUGGAAUUGCCUCGUGUAAUGCAUCAAUACUGAUGUCAUCUCCACCCUAUACUUCUAAACCACACAAAAUUACACCGCCAUCGAUGCCUCCAUUUUCUCCUUCACCAGCUCCAUAUGCACCAGGACUGGCCCCUGCUCGUGCACUGCCCUCUGGUGGCAUCAAGGGUGGAUAUUGGCCUUCAUCGAUAGCUGAAAGGUUCCCUCCAUCAACAAUCCCUACUAAAUACUUCACUCACCUCUUUUAUGCUUUGGUUUUGCCCGAUGCCACAAGUUACCAACUCUUUGUCACCCCGCUUGACGAUCAGUGGAUGGGAAUUUCACCGCCACCCUCCAUGCCCAAAAUCGGAGGAGGAAAUUCAAACUCUUCAACUUUCUCCAACAUGGCAAGCAGCCACGACACCCGUGCUGCCUUCAUCAAGUCAACCAUCGACGUGGCUAGAAAGUAUGAUUUUGAUGGCCUUGACCUCGAUUGGGAAUUCCCACAAAACCCACAGGACAUGACACGCUUCUCAAUGCUCUUCUACGAGUGGCGCACUGCCACUAACAAGGAAUCGCUCGCUUCUGGUAAGCCGCGACUCCUUUUGUCUGCAGCGGUCUACUUUGCCUCCAACUUCUUCUUGGCGGAGAUUCCACGAACAUACCCUGGCGGUGCCAUUAAAAACUUCCUGGAUUUUUUGAACCCAAUGUGCUAUGAUUACCAUGUUUCUUGGGACACCUCGGUCACUGGUGCUCAAGCGUUGCUAUUUGACAAGUCCAGCAAUUGCCGCCGCAGAAACUGGUGA